AUGGUCUCCGCCAACUCCCUCCUCUACGUCCUCCUCAGCGCCGCCUCGCUGGCCGCGGCGACCGUCGACCCUUGCACCACCAACACCAAGGGCAAAUGUCCUGGAACCUACAACUGCUCUGCGAGCAAAGUCUCCAAGGCUAUCCAAGCCGCCGAGUGCUCCCACAACACUCGUACCUCGGGCACCCAAACCUUCGCCGUCUUCGUGACCGACCACGAGUACGACUCCUCGAACGGCGCCCCCUACGGUACCUGCAGCGCUUACACCUGCACCGCGCCCACCGACGCCGAGAUGACCGACUCGGACUCGGACUGCUGGACUUUCUUCUGGAACGACAACGGCGAGUCCUCCGGCGUUGGAACGGGAUGCAUUAAGAGCCCGGAGGAUGGAACCUGUGGAUGUGAGGACUCAGAUGGAACUUUCGUUUACGGAUCCAGCAGCUGCACUUGA